AUGCCGUUCUCUCACCAUUCUCACUCCGGCCAAUUCUGCGCCCACGCCAAAGACUCUCUUGAAUCAUGCAUUCUGCAAGCAAUUUCCAAGAAUCUCCGAGUCUUCUGCCUCACAGAACACAUGCCUCGCUCCGACCCGCGUGAUUUCUACCCAGAGGAAGUAGAAAUGGGUAUCACGCCUCAACAUCUAACAGAUAGCUUCGCCGAGUUCUACGAGACAGCUGUUGCGCUUCGCGACAAGUACAAAGAAGAAAUCACGCUUCUUAUCGGAUUCGAGGUGGACUACAUACGUCCUUCAAUGCUGGCGGAAAUCAAGCAACUUCAAGAAACGUACAGUUUCGAUAUGUUCAUCGGAUCGGUUCAUCAUGUCGACGAAAUAGCCAUUGACUUCUCAGAGGAGCUUUUCCACAGGGCUAUCUCGGCCGUUGAAGCUGUCGAUAGUGGCGCCGAUAUCGCAGAAGCCUACAAUCAGGGCACAAAAAUUGAACGAUUCCCCGAAAUCCAGAGGACAACGUCAAAGGGCGAGGAAAGACUGUUCGAAGUAUACUUCGAUACACAAUACAUGAUGCUUACGGCCCUAAAACCGCCUGUUAUUGGCCAUUUCGACUUAAUUCGGUUAAAAUGCAACGAUUAUAAAGCUGAUUUUAGAGCCAUGAAAAGCGUUUGGGAGAAGAUUGUUCGGAACGUCAAGUUUAUUAGCGAGUACGGCGGCAUGGUGGAAAUAAACUCGGCAGCAACACGAAAGGGAUGGGAGUACCCUUACCCCGGACCGGAUAUCUUACAACUGAUGAAAGAAGCAGGAGUAAGAUUUGUCCUCAGCGACGACAGUCAUGGAACUGCGCAGGUCGCUUUCGGGUAUGAAAAAUCUCUGGCUUACCUUGAAAAGCAAGGUGUUGAGGAGGUUUGGUAUUAUGAAUGGAUUGGUUGGGAAAGAGGUAUCAAAGACGGUAUCUUAAGGCCCGAGGACAGAUACCUGCCUAAAAUCUCACCGUUGUGUGUCGAAGCCAAGAGCGCUGUGGUGAAGGAUCUGAGGGGAAUUGUGCCUGCAUAG